UAAAUAUGGUACUUGAAAAGGGGGUGUUUGUAAACACACACACACCUAUUUCCGCCCUCACAGAAUAUCACCGGCAUCACUUCCAGUUGCUCAACUCAGUCAAUGAUGGCGGAUGAAGAUAAUCCAUCACGGUACGUAAAGUUGACCAAAGAUCAAACACCUGUUCAAAUCGACUCCACAGACCUCAAUCAGCCGAUUCAAGUUCCUCAGUUGGAUGUUCAUAAGUGUGAUGCGUGUGGGCAGACUUUGCCUGAAAACUUUGAGCCACCUGCUGUUGAGCCGUGGACAUCUGGUUUAUUUGCUUGUACUGAAGACAAAGAGAGCUGUCGGACUGGACUUUUCUGUCCAUGUGUUUUGUUUGGGCGCAAUUAUGAAGCAGUGAGAGAUGACUAUGCUUCCUCGACCGUUCCAUGUGUUCUUCAUGCGAUUUUUGUUGAGGGGGGUCUAGCAGUUGCUGCAACAGCAGCAGCACUCAAUGGGGUUAUCGACCCAAUGGCAUCCUAUUACCUUUGCGAGGGGUUGUUGUUCAGUUGGUGGCUGUGUGGUGCAUACACUAGCAUUGUUCGGCUAAUGCUACACAACAAAUACCAUCUUGAGAAUGACCCGUGUGAUCCAUGUAUGGUGCACUGCUGUUUUCAUUGGUGUGCUAUGUGCCAAGAACACAGGGAGAUGAAGGCCCGCCUUUCUGAUAACUUUGUGAUGCCAAUGACCCUGGUCAACGCCCCUCCCGUUCAACAAAUGAACCCUGCUCGAGAUACUAACUGAUGGUACGUUGUAGAAAUUAUAACAUUAUUCGUGUUAUAUGGGAUGUUUGAUAUACUUAAAAGUAAAAGACGUUUGGUUGGAUGAUAUCGCGUAGCAUCGUAAAUCUUUCUUAUAGUAAGGUAGCAUACUUUUACAUAUUUGAUUAAUAUGUGAUUAUGCUCUAUAAACAACAUUUCUUGUAUUUCUUGAA